AUGAACAGAUUAGUAAUCAUGGCUCCGGUCCCGUCUCCGCUUGUUUAUUCUCCGACAUCAGUCAAAACGCCGUCGUGUUCACCUCGUUCAACACCACAACCAAAGCUGACAAUGAUAGCUUGUUCUCCAAGGAAGGCAGAAGAGACCACUCCAUGUCCUGAUUUCGACGCCGUGUUGAAAAGAAAACGACCACCUAUGCUUGACCUAAAGUUGCCUCCGGCGGUUGCUUCGUGGUCUACUACGACGGUGAAGACGCCGGAGAAAGGGGAUGAAGUUGUCGAAGAGGAACAAGAUGGAGUUUACUCUGUUUAUUGCAAGAGAGGAAGACGUGGACCAAUGGAAGAUCGGUACUACGCGGCGGUUGAUCCCGACGAAAGAGUACGUAAAAAGGCUUUCUUCGGCGUUUUCGACGGCCACGGCGGGUCCAAAGCGGCGGAGUUCGCGGCCAAGAAUCUUGCUAACAAUAUUGAGGAGGCUAUGGCGGCAGGUUGCUCCGUUGAGAGAGCGAUAAGAGAGGGUUACGUAAAAACUGAUGAGGACUUCUUGAAAGAAGGCUCGAGAGGCGGCGCGUGUUGUGUAACCGCUAUUAUAUCGGAAGGUGAGCUUGCGGUUUCGAAUGCCGGAGAUUGUCGGGCGGUUAUAAGCCGCGGUGGAGUUGCGGAAGCUCUUACUACCGAUCAUAAUCCUGGUCAAGCAGAUGAGCUCAAAAGGAUUGAAGCAUUGGGUGGAUAUGUUGAUUGCUGCAACGGCGUGUGGAGAAUUCAAGGAACAUUAGCCGUCUCACGAGGAAUUGGAGACCGGUAUCUCAAAGAAUGGGUAAUAGCUGAACCGGAAACAAUAACAUUACGGAUUACACCGGAAUUUGAGUUCUUGAUCUUAGCAUCUGACGGCCUUUGGGAUAAGGUAACGAAUCAGGAGGCGGUUGAUGUGGUUCGACCGUACUGUGUAGGCGUGGAGAAUCCAAAUACACUCUCCGCCUGUAAGAAACUAGUCGAGCUAUCGUGUAAGAGAGGAUCGUUGGAUGAUAUUAGUCUAAUUAUAAUUCAGCUGCAACAGUUUCUAGCGUGAUUCAUUAACAUCUAGUAUUAAGCUAAACUUGGUUUGGCAAAAAAAGAAGCUAAACUUGAUUAAAAUCAUUAGGUAAGUUCUUGAAAAUUUUGUUUCGUAUUAA